CGGAGCUAACGUUCGUACUUUAGCUUGGAGGGCGGGUGGGCGUGGCGGGCGAUCCCUGAGAAGGACGCGCACCGCCCUAGAGGAUCCAAAGCCCAGCGCUUGGGUUUUGGGAGCUGCUUUUCUACGAACGGCACUAGGACCCUGCGAGAAGUGGUGUGGGCGGAGUAGGCGGCACCAGGACCGGGGGGAACCGCGGCCGGCUGGCGGCGAACAGGCCCGGGGCCUGGAGGCUGCGGGCGGCGGCGCUGGGCCCGGCGCAGCGUGAGAGGCCCCGAGAUGCCAAGCAAGAAGAAGAAGUAUAACGCGCGGUUUCCGCCGGCGCGGAUCAAGAAGAUCAUGCAGACAGACGAAGAGAUUGGGAAGGUGGCGGCAGCUGUGCCUGUCAUCAUCUCCCGGGCACUUGAGCUCUUCCUGGAGUCUCUGUUGAAGAAGGCUUGCCAGGUGACCCAGUCUCGAAAUGCCAAAACCAUGACCACGUCCCACCUGAAGCAGUGCAUUGAGCUUGAACAGCAAUUUGACUUCUUGAAAGACUUGGUGGCAUCUGUGCCUGACAUGCAGGGUGAUGGGGAAGACAACCACACGGAUGGGGACAAGGGUCCUCGAAGAUGGCCUGUACCUUCCCGAAGGGGCCGGAAACCAGGCAGCAGUGGCAGGAAGAAUGGAGGCACAGGAAGCAAAAGCAAAGACAAAAAGCUGUCCGGGACAGACUCAGAACAGGAGGAUGAGUCUGAGGACACAGAUACAGAUGGGGAAGAAGAGACACCACAGGCCCCACCCCAAGCCAGUCACCCCCCUGCCCACUUUCAGAGCCCUCCAACUCCCUUCAUGCCCUUCACCUCUCCUCUGCCUUUACCCCCAGCACCUCCCGGCCCCUCAGCACCUGAGGCAGAGGACGAAGAGGAUUAUGACUCCUAGCGCCCUUUAACCCUGGCCAUAUGCUCUUUUAGUUAGUAUUAGUUGCUUUGGGGAGAAGAGAAAGAUGGAACUGUUCUUAAAUUUAUUAAAAAAAAAAAAGGAUUUUGGUUUCUUUUCAUCCUGUGUCCAGGGCUUCGUGGCUGUAUUGCCCAUCCCCCCACCUCCCCACAUGGGGGCAGCAGGAAGGAACAUUGUUGGGGCAGCCAGUGAUUGAGUUAAAACAGGGAGUCUGACAGGAGUCUGGGGCACUGAAGAAAGGAAUGUGGUCUAGGGACUGAGUUGCCACAUGCUAAGGGGUGACCUCUCAUUGUGUGGGACCUUGGGCACCUUCUUCCCCUCUCUGGACUGCUGAGAAGGGACAGAUGGAAUCAGUACUGAGACGGGGCCUUGAAAAGUAUAGUGUUGGGCUGGAGAGAUGGCUCAGCGGUUAAGAGCACUGACUGCUCUUCCAGAGGUCCUGAGUUCAAAUCCCAGCAACCACAUGGUGGCUCGCAGCCAUCUGUAAUGGGAUCCGAUGCCCUCUUCUGGUGUGUCUGAAGACAGCUACAGUGUACUUAUAUAUAAUACAUGAAUAAAUCUUUUUAAAAAAAAAAAAAGAAAA